AUGUUUAAUAAGCAUUUUUGUGGCAUUGUCAUCAAAACAGGUGACAUUUAAAUUGAUUAGAGAGAAAAUAUAUAUAAGGAAAUUAUGUUUUAAGAGGUUACUUAAAACAUAAAUUUCGAUGGCAGAAAAAUCUAUUUGAGAAUUUUUGAUUGUAUUGAUGUCAAAUACUUGGAUAUGAUUUUCUGCAAGAACUUCAGAAUAUUCAAAGAUAAAGAUAAUAUUAACUAAAUAAGGAUCGAAAGAAACUUUGUUAAUAGUUAUGAGAUUGUAGGAAAUGAAGAAUGUGAGAUAUUUUGUGAUACUUAAGUUUUUAAGAGAAUGAAGACUUUGUAAGAGAGUAAGAGAAAGUAUUAAAACAAUUUAAUUUAAAGUAGAAUCGAUCACUAUUUUACAUAGUGA